CAAAAAUGAAUAUUUUAUCAAUUUUUAUUUAUAUUAUAUCCAUGGGUUACAGUAUCGCUGAAAAGCCUACAGAGAAGAUGAAUGUAGUCAUAUUUUUUACUGAGGCUGCUGCUCUACCAAGUUCUCACGCUGGCAUAAGCUUUCUGGACAUGCAUGAAGUCGCCAGAGUUAAGCACAAUACUAUUUUGAAAACAGCUGGGAACUAUAUACAUCGAAGAAAUACUGAAAACUGUAAAGAACUUCUUAAAGAAAGUGUGGACUUGCUUGCCAGAUAUUGUAAAAAUGCUCUUGGAAUGAAAACUGUAACUUUGUCGGUAAGCGAUGAUAACGUAUCUGAACAUACUAAUCUAAAUAAUUUUCAUCCUUCGGACCACAUCGUACAACGGCAAAGCAAAAAUAUGUCACCAAAACAUAAGAAGGUUAAAAAUGGAAAAAGAAAACAAAAGCAAGACACCAUACCAUCUGUUAUUAAAAUGAACAAUAUGAACCCCAACGCUAUUAUAUCAACUCCAGAACAUACCGAAGUAUUUAAUAUACGGGUAAAGAGGAAUAUAAGUGAAUAUAAAGACGAUUCAGAUAAUUUUCUUGAAUCUCCAACGAAUAAUAAGGCAGAAAAAUAUAAUUGGGAUGUUUUGGAUAUCAUGUCACAUGUAAGGUUUUCGUUCUUUGGUGAUAUUUUUAAUGACGAGAAAGAGAAACUGACUAAAGAAGAAAAUAACAUACUACCAAGUCUUAAUAAACCCAAAUAUAAUUUUGAUUUAUUUAACGCAGUAAGUAAUGCUCUAAAUGCAUUGCAAGAAGCUCCUUGUGAUGGAUUCUUGAUGGUUAUAUUCGGAAGCCAUCUGGAUGAAAUAAGCGACACUCGUAGCCCUUUAAUUCAAAGUAUAAAACAUAUAACUGAGACCACGAAUGAACAAAAUACACUUAUUGUAUUGACUACAGCUUGUCCAGAAAUUGGAAGAUCAAGCAACGGAGUUGUUGAGAUUAAAGAAGACGCCAAGAAAUUUAGUGAUAUCAUGGUACUACCAGUAUUCGCAAAAGAUAAAGAUAUUUUCUACGAACAACUAGAACAAACAACCCAACAAGUAAACCAAGGCGACAUACUAAUAGUGAUGGGCGAUAUGAACGCUAAAGUUGGAGAAGAUAAUAUCAAAUUAGAAACCGUAAUUAACAUGGCCUGGGAGUGA